CGCAAUGACCGAGUGCUCAUCGAGGGCAAGAAGAGGGGUGAGACAUACAAAGAGAUCAAAAAGAAGUUGAUCGGAGAGAAUCCCGCAGAGUCUACUCUGAGGGGACGUUAUCGUUCCUUGACCAAGGACAGGAGGGAUCGUGUCCGUAAGCCCGUGUGGACGAAGUUUGAUGUAAGAAAGCCCCAAGCAUCCCGUCAGAUAUCUACUAAUGCUUCUUCAGACGGAUUUAUUGAACGAGACCGUUUGGCAGGAGUUGAAGCGCAUCGAAAGCAAUCUACAGAACCCAUCCGCACUGAGCAUUGAGCAGAAGCUCAUGAAGGUCUCCUGGAAGAAGGUGGCCGACUAUAUCGAAGAAAACGGCGGAUCGUACCACUUUGGUAAUUCGACUUGCAAGAGGAAGUGGCUGGAGUUGAAUCCGACCUGCGAGUAAUUAGUGGCAGAUCCGAAAAGAUUGAGGCCGUGCCGAACAUGGCACGCAUCUCUGAUAAACUUGAUGACUGCCAGGUUAUUUUUAGAUUGUGAGGGGUUUUCUUGCUUUGCAACUUGAGGCUCCUUGAAGCCCCUUUGCCUUUGCUAGGCAGUAAGCACGAGGAUGCGA